GUCGAGGGUAUAAAACAGUGUGAGUGCUAGCAGAGCUCCAUCAAAAUCGCAACAGCCGCGAACCGAAAAAGACACGCGAAUCGAAGUGAAUAAAAUCGAAAAAGAUGUCCGUAGUGCCCCUGAUGUUCCGUGAUUGGUGGGAUGAGCUCGACUUUCCCAUGCGCACCUCGCGCCUCUUGGAUCAGCAUUUCGGCCAAGGACUAAGGAGGGAUGACCUCAUGUCCUCGGUGUGGAACUCCCGCCCCACAGUGCUGCGUUCCGGCUAUCUGCGCCCCUGGCAGAAGAACAGCCUGCAGAAGCAGGAGUCCGGCUCCACCCUCAACAUCGAUAGCGAGAAAUUCGAGGUGAUUCUGGAUGUCCAGCAGUUCUCACCGUCCGAGAUCACCGUCAAGAUCGCGGACAGGUUCGUCAUCGUGGAGGGAAAGCACGAGGAGAAGCAGGACGAGCACGGAUAUGUCUCCCGUCAGUUCUCCAGACGCUAUCAGCUGCCAAAUGAUGUCAAUCCCGACUCGGUAACAUCCUCCCUCUCCUCCGAUGGCCUGCUGACCAUCAAGGCGCCCAUGAAGGCGCUGCCACCUCCAUCGACUGAACGCCUCGUCCAGAUCACACAGACUGGACCCUCUUCCAAGGAGGACAAUGCCAAGAAAGUGGAGACCUCCACGGCCUAAGGCUGAAUUUUAUGUGCUGCUUCCAGUGUUAGUUAGUUUAUGUCUACGUGUGCCUUAAAUAUUGGAUUUUUACAAAUUUUAUAUCAAUUAAAACUAAAGAAAAAGAUA